GGUAUCUCUCGAAAUAUUUCAGUUCAGGAGCUCUCGCAUCUCGAUUCGCGCGACCUGUCAAGCCAAAUACGCGCAACAUAAACACACCGAGAAACGUAUUCCUACAGUCGGCGUUUGCCAAAUCCGUCAAGAUGAAGCUCGUCCGAUUCCUGAUGAAAUGCGCCAACGAGACGGUGACCAUUGAGCUGAAGAAUGGCACCAUCGUCCACGGCACCAUCACAUCAGUCUCACCUCAGAUGAACACGGCGCUGCGCACGGUCAAGAUGACGGUUCGCAGCCAGGACCCCCUCUCACUCGACACGAUGAACAUCCGCGGCUCCACGAUUCGCUACUUUGUCCUGCCAGACUCUCUGCCGCUCGACACGCUGCUCAUCGACGACUCGGUCAAGCCCAAGAACAAGGCUCGCAAGGAGGUGGCCGACAAGGCUGGCGGUAGAGGCGGUGGGCCUAGAGGACGUGGUCGGGGUAGGGGUGGAGGCGGCGGCCGCGGAGGUGGUGGACGUGGGUUCGGACGAGGCAGGCCGUGAGAGAUGAGUACUUGAAUGAGGGGGGAUGAGUGGCUUGAGGAAGAAAACCUGGGAGAUAAGAGAGGACAAUGUGUGUUCAUACGUCGAAUGAACAUGGGGAAGCAAUAUAAUGAACCGGCUCUCUCUGCAUAUCAUGUAAGUAAAUGCAGGUCGUUGCUGCACCUCCCCGGCAAGGGUGACUUCGACGGCGUUGAAGGGCACGAGAAGACCUCAAAACGCUGGAAACCACAGG